AACUUUUCAUGAAAUGAUAUGAAUAAGAGUAGCAAAGAUAGUUAAAACGGAUAUGAAGCAGUGGUAAUUGUUUUUCAUUGCAAAGUCUGGUUCAUAUUCUUUGCAAAGAGCAAACGACGACGUCUCUAAUAUUUAAAAAGGAACGUGUAAAAUAGAAAAUCGGGCAUCCAUUACCGCCCAACGUUGGGAGGAAGGAGGAAAAUUCAUAGUGACCUUAUUUGUGUAAUAGUUAAAUAAAACGUAAAGUGAAAUUUUUGAGAUUAAUUACGUAGAAGAAAGCAUAACCAUAGUGGCAGGGGCAGCGGAAGAAGAAGAAACACCCGUCUGCUGCUAUUGCAAGCAGCAUAAGCGUCGCUGCUGAGGCAGUUCAACACCCUAUCCCCGACCCCGAAAAAAAAGAACUGAAAAGAUGGCGACCAGCCGCACCAGUCGUAUACAACAAAAUAAAAAUAUUAAUUCGUUCUUUUCCAAAAUCCAAGGAGCCUUUUCGGAAGCAUGUACACAGCAGCGUUUAUCGACUGAUAAGAAAACAUUGGAGAAGACCUGGAAGUUAAUGGAUAAAGUUGUGAAGUUGUGUCAGCAACCGAAAAUGAAUCUAAAAAACAGUCCACCAUUUAUACUGGAUAUAUUGCCAGACACGUAUCAGCGAUUGCGUCUUAUAUACUCUAAAAAUGAAGAUCAAAUGCAUGUUUUACAUGCCAAUGAACACUUCAAUGUCUUCAUUAACAAUUUGAUGCGCAAAUGCAAACAAGCUAUUAAAUUGUUCAAAGAAGGAAAGGAGAAAAUGUUUGACGAAAAUUCACAUUAUAGGAGAAAUUUAACCAAACUUAGUUUAGUAUUCUCUCAUAUGCUAAGCGAAUUAAAGGCGAUUUUCCCUAAUGGAGUGUUUGCUGGCGAUCAAUUUAGAAUCACGAAAGCGGACGCUGCAGAAUUUUGGAAACUUAACUUUGGCAAUAGUACGUUGGUUCCAUGGAAAAUAUUUCGAAUGGAAUUAAAUAAAGUGCAUCCAAUUUCAUCUGGUCUAGAGGCAAUGGCGUUAAAAACAACAAUAGACUUAACAUGUAAUGAUUAUAUUUCAAAUUUUGAAUUUGAUGUGUUUACACGUCUGUUCCAACCGUGGGUAACGCUCUUGCGUAACUGGCAAAUUCUCGCUGUCACACACCCUGGAUAUGUUGCCUUUUUAACAUAUGAUGAAGUUAAAGCUCGCUUGCAGCGUUACAUUCAUAAGGCAGGAAGUUAUGUUUUCAGAUUAUCAUGCACGAGGCUUGGUCAAUGGGCUAUUGGUUAUGUUACCGCUGAUGGCGAAAUUUUGCAAACUAUACCACAAAACAAGUCUCUCUGUCAAGCGUUAUUGGACGGUCACAGGGAGGGUUUUUACUUGUAUCCUGAUGGUCAAGCUUGCAAUCCUGAUUUAUCGUCAGCUGUACAGAGUCCUACGGAGGAUCACAUUACAGUUACUCAAGAACAAUAUGAGCUAUACUGUGAAAUGGGUAGCACAUUUCAACUGUGUAAAAUUUGCGCUGAAAACGAUAAGGAUAUACGCAUCGAGCCAUGUGGACAUCUGUUGUGUACACCCUGCCUCACGUCUUGGCAAGUCGAUUCAGAAGGACAGGGUUGUCCAUUUUGCCGAGCCGAAAUCAAGGGUACUGAACAAAUUGUGGUGGACGCUUUUGAUCCGCGUAAGCAGCAUAAUCGGAAUUCGACAAAUGGCCGCCACCAGAACACCGACGACGACGAUACAGAGGAUGGCGCUGAUUUCAACAUAGCAACGUCUUCGCUUCAUGCAUUAAGCAACAAUAUGACCACGGCCACACCAUCUACGGACAAGCACAGUCCGCAUACGUCUCCACGUUUCGCUCGCCGCAGCACAACUCCUAGUUUACUUGCAGUGCAGAACGACUUAUAUGCGGGACACCUAUCGAACUUAACAUUGGUAAACUCAGGCGGCAGCAAUUACAUCGUGGCUGCCAACGCAUCGGCCAUAGCUAGUGCAGUACUUUCACCACAACCAACACCCACUGCACCACCAAUACAUGCCCCCAAUAACGGGGGUAGUAGUACAAACGUCGCGAGUGCAGCUCAAAAAUCAACCCAUCGGAUGAGCGCACCUCUUAUGGGAGCUAGUUCAAUCUCGAACGGCGCUAAUCCCAAUAGUAAUUAUGUGACGCGAAUGGCGACCAGCAAAUCCGAACAUAACGACAAUUCUUCGUAUGCAAUACUACAAGGCCUACAAGAUCCUUUGCAGGCAAACACAGCUGGACAACGUCACGUUGCUCCGCCUUUGCCGCCGCGAAAAUCAUCGCCUGGGGUUGAAAAUAGCGCCACGACUAUUAUAAGUGCGAGUGCUACUGCGACAACGGUUAUAGCUAAAUCAUGUGAUGCAGUAGCUGUCAAACAUAAGGGGCAGACCACAAUGGGAGCAGUAACUGCCUCAGACAGCUUAGCGACGAACACAGAAGGUGCUGCUGCGCCACCACAAACAACUGCUCCACCGAUACCUCCUCAUGGCAACUUGAUAUUGGUCGACAGCUUAGUCGAAGAUUUGCGAACACAUCAGAUCAGUGCGUCCACCUCGACGACUUCAACACACGCACUGACAUCGCAAUCAGCAGCGGGUUCUGCACCUGCUUCUACGCCUACACGCUCAAUACUCGACGAUGACAUAGUCGGACCGGCGGAGACUAUUAUGGGUGUAAUUGACACCCGACCAUUGGAAGCAAGAUUGGCAGCCUCUUCUCGUAUUUUGGAACCAACAACCGUAAAGCUGCCACCAGUAACUGCUGUUAAUCCCUUGGUAAGCACUCCGCAUUACACACAAAUAUGCAAUGCGACAUCAUCAACGCAACCGGCACCAAUGAUAUCGGUCGCAACGGCGGGAGGGCCCGUUGUAACCCCGGCAACUGUGGCAUCACAGCGAAAUCAACAGCAAAACGCACAAUCACUACAACAACUGCAUCAGCAGCCUCUGCUCUACGAGAAUGUGGCGAUCAAUCAAAAAGACUGCAAUGUACCAUACGAAAAUAUCAAUUUAGAAUACAUUGCUCGGCUUGUGAAGGAGGGUUAUACCAAAGAAAAUGCCAUUACUGCGCUUGGCAUUUCCCGCAACAAUAUCGAGAUGGCAUGCGACAUUUUGCGCGAGUUCGUGUCGAAGAGCACUGUUUGAGAUGAGUGGCGGGCAAGUAUGAUACCUGAGAUAUUAUCAAAUCUAGUAAGCAUUGAAUGCAAUAUUACACACGUAGUUACAUAUAUCAGGUUAGUCUAAUAUAAAAACUCAUUUUGCCCUUUCGAGCAGCAUUUUGACAAGUUAAGUUCGACAUUAGCAAAUAAGCAAAAGAAAAAACUCAAUUCCAACUUCUAAAAAGUCUUACAUCAAUUAAUAAUGCAUACAUUUAUUUUAUUUAACUCCAUCGAAUUAAGUAGAUUGUUUGAAAUAGUUUAUAUGUGUAUAAGAAAUAAAUGAAAUUCUCCCUGAGAAGGAUAUAUUUUAAAUACAAAAACAUUUCAUUUUUCAUUUAAGGCUUAUUGAUUUAACAUCAGGAGUAGUAAUAUGUAUAGUUUAUGCGGUAUAUCCAAGGUAAAUAUACAUAUGAGUAGAUAUGUAUGUUCUGCAGCUUAUAUUCAUGAAUACAAAAGCAUUAAUUAGCACGUAGUGGCAGAACGAACAAAAAUAAAUUCUUAUUACCCGAAAUAAAAAAAGAUCGAAAGAUGGAGAAAGCUUCAGUUUAUAUUCAAUUGAAUUGAAGUUAAUGAAAAAAAACUAAACAAUCCAUUGCGAUUUUAGUAUUAAGACUUUUAUUAAUAUAGCAUACAUGCAUACAUAUAUGAACUCGAACCAGUAUACACAUAUAUAUAUAUACAUAUAUCUAUCUAUUGCAAUAAUAAUUACAGGAACAACUCAACUAUUACAAUAUGUACUUUAUAAACUACUUAUAUAUACAUACAUCAAGUAUUAAAUAAGAAAACAAAUUUUUCAUAGUUACUUCAAUAUCAACAACGAAUACAGAACAAAAUUGUAAUAUCUCCCAACGGUUAUGUUGACGCUUAGGGUUUCUUUAAUUAACUGCACAACCAAGGAUAAUCUUUUUAAAUAUAGUGGAACUUCCAUAACUCGAAGAUCUCCAUAGCUUAAACUUUGGUGUUGGCAAUAGCGUUUAGAAAUCAGAUUUCAUACAAAUUUACUUCCAUAACUCAAGCUUCCUUAACUUGAACUCUUGAAUUGGCAAUAGAAGUCAAAUUCCACACAAAAUUUCCUUCCAUAAUACAAAAUUUAAAAUUUUACUAUCCAGGUAGAUUUUAAAAGAGUCCUUCUAUAUCGUAUGGAGGCGAACAAAAAAUAUAAUAUUACAUUUAUGGAACAAAAUUACAAAAUAAAUGUUUUAACGUAUGAACAUAAAAUUUUUUGCGAAGUAAAUAAAUAAAACUGGGUAUAAAGCUAUAUUUUCUAGCUUUUUGAAAAAUUGUAUGUUUUAAUGAAAAUUCUAUAACUCGAAGUCUCUCUAACUCGAAGUUUUUCUGUGGAUUAUGGUGAUUUGAGUUAGAGAAGUUCCACUGUAUAUACAUAUAUUCGAAUUCAUUGAAGAUACGGAAAGCAUUAUGCAUUAUUUUAAGAGAGAAAGAACAUUUUCGGGUCGGCUUUAGUAUACUAUCCCAGGCUUUCGGUAAUAAUAAUGGGUAUCGUUGGAAAGAGGAGGUUCUCCAGAUUAAGAAUAUAUAUACAUAUAGCUGAAGCUGACUUAUAGUUAUCGAGAUAUUCGCACUUAAAGUUGAAAAAAUGCUACUUUUAUCUUGUAUUUUCACAAUAUAUACUGAAUAUUUUAUUAAUAUUCUGCACUUAUUUUACACUUACACUUCACCACAUUGUUUCUGCAUAUUUAUUUUAUAAAAAUUAUGACGAAAAUGGCUGUAAAUAAAUAUUUAACAUUUUACACAAAUCUUCGUUUAAAAAAUAGCAAAAAGGGUUGCAGUGUUGCCACAUCAAAUAUUUCGCAAAAAUCAAAAGAAUAAAAAUAAACAGAAAAAAGAAGGAUUAUACCCCAAACCAAACCAUAAUGGUGUUAUGACUAAUGCAAAGUCUUUCGGUAUUACCUUUUCUUUGAUAACACCCUGGGUUAUUUUUUUGAAGCGCGGCCGAAGGCCGCCAAUGUGGAAAGUAUUUCUACACGAAAGAACUUUUCAUUUCCCUUACUUAUAGUGCAUAGAGUGAAUAUCAUAAACUUUCUUAUAUUAUCUUUAUAUAAUCUUUUUAUAGGGCAUUUGUUUUCUGCAUUUUGGGUAUUUAUUUAUUUUGGUUCUUCUCAUUCGUUUGCAAAAUAUCUGAUAUGGCAACACUUAUUACUUGUGAGGCUGCAACCCUUUUUGCUAUUUUUUAAACGAAGAUUUGUGUAAAAUGUUAAAUAUUUAUUUACACCUAUUUUCGUGAUAAAUUUUAUCAAAUAAAUAUGCAGAAACAAUGUGGUGAAGUGUAAGUGUAAAAUAAGUGCAUAAUAUUAAUAAAAUAUUCAGUAUAUAUUGUGAAAAUUCAAGAUAAAAGUAGCACUUUUUUCAACUUUAAGUGCGAAUAUCUCGAAAACUAUAAGUCAGCUGCAGCUAUAUGUAUAUAUAUUCUUAAUCUGGAGAACCUCCUCUUUCCAACGAUACCCAUUUUAUUACCGAAAGCCUGGGAUAGUAUACUAAAGUUUCCCCACAUUUUCUAUUUGGGAUCCCAUUUGAUUGUUAUUUUGAAGUUAGUAGUGUUUAAACCAACCAAACCAACCAAAAAUACUGAAACAUAGCUGUGCAACGCAAAAUAAAUUGAUUAAGUUUCGAUAAUCGGAAUAUAUUAAUCGGCUCUAUUCCCGUUGUCGUUUCCAAGUCGUUGUCUUUCUUAUCGUCGUUUCGUUCCUAAAUUCGUAUUCUUGAAGUAUAUCGUAACGACAAAGGAAAGUCAUAGAUAUUUUUAUACAUAUUUUAUAUAGUAUACUUUAGGGACCUAUUUUUACAAUGAAAACUUCUUUCUUAUGUAACGAGAUUCAUCUUUAAAGCAGUCCUUAAUGGAUUUUGUGCUAUUCUCUAUUCACUCUAAACAACGGUAUCUGUAUUUGUUGUACUUACGUUUAUCUGCCCAACAAUUUUAGUCUUCCAUCUUUUUUUGAUUUUUUUUUUUAAUUGGAGAUAUGUUAGCAAGAUGGAUAUAUGAGUGCGUCAUCCAAAUUUACUUCUAAAAUAAUUUAAAUAUAAUAUUUACUUCCAGCGUCUCAUGCUCUCGCUUCCAGCUAAUUCGACUACUCUAUCUGGUGGUUCAGCUAAUAAUCCAAAGGAGACAGUGGUAUCUGUUUAUUAACUCUCUAGCUUCGGACUUGUUGUGUACUAUUUUUUUUCUUUUUGAAUUUUAAUACCUUUCAUAUCUUAAAUAUAGUCUUAGAUAUAAAAAUUCAAUUAUGUUAAUUCAAACAAACAUCUCCGACGCGAGAUGGCGGUGCGAAUGAAUUUAGAUGUUUAAAAAUAUCCCUCCAAAAAUUCGAAAAAUUUUAAGGUUCGUUGGCAUAUGUAGGGUAUUUUUCCAUUUCAAAAAUUAAAAUUUGAAACUGUUGCCGAUUUGGAAUUAUCAUCUUCACUUCAAACAACCGAGUCGUUUCUAUCUCGCUCUCAAUUAUAGCAACGACAACGAACGACUGUUAUUAAGUCGUUUGACCACUUUCAGACAUGUCAACUCCUGUUGUUAAUUCUCGGGCGAUUCUCUUUUGCUGUCGCCCAUUGCGUUCGAAUGAAAACACAAAGCGUGUUGCCCGAACACAGCAGACUCGGCGCGAUUCUCCUCUCCUCGUCGUUGUGUUCGGCAACACGCUUUCUGUUCGUAACAGUUUGCUGCUACGUGACAGUGUUGAAUUUGCGCACAUUUUAAAAAUAGUGUAUACAAUAUUAUAAUUUUUUUCAUAACAAUUGUACCUAGUAUACAAUGAUUAAAUACUAACAACAAUUCAAUUCUAAUAAGUUAAAAAUAAUAAUCAAAAGCUAAAUGUUAGAGGAAUUCAUUUGCUGCUCCAGUUGCCUUGCUAAGUCUGAAGGCCUCUUACGUUUCAGUCGGUUUUCUCGUUGAGCAGUUCCGAUGAGUCUGGUUGCCUCUUCAUUUACUUGCUGUAUAAGCCUCAUUUCGUGAGUCUUUGCAAGUUUGGUAAUUUCGUUUACUACUAAAUUUACACCAAGAUCACGAUGAAGGUCAGCAGAUCUAACAUACCAAGAAGCAUUAACUAUACUUCUUAGUACCUUAUUUUGGAAGCACUGAAUGCAGGCAAUACAGUUUUGACUUGAGCAACUCCAUAGUUGAACUCCGUAGGUCCAAAUUGGCUUUAGUACUUGAUUAUAUAUAAACAGCUUGUUUUCGAUUGAAAGCAAACCGACUAGAUGGUAAAACUUAGUAAAUUUGAAAUCAAGCUCACCCCUUUUUUUCUUGACAUGCUCUUUCCAACGAAGCUUAGCAUCUAGGGUGAUUCCUAGGUACUUAGUACUAUGAUAAGAGAACUGAAAAGAACGAGUGCAGGAAUAAAUUAAAAUGUUACGGGUUGAUUAGAGAACCUUUGAAAUUAGUGAAUGACUUGAGAAACACAGAAAACUAAAGUUCUCACAAAAUUACAUAUUAAACAAUAUUUUGAAAUAUAGUCUUCAAUUGGGUUCUAGUCUAGUUGUUUUCGAAUAAAUAAAAAGUAAUUCAAUGUAUUAAUCGAGAAUUCUGUCUUUCCACUCCAAAAGUUGAUUAAAUUGUCAUUUUCUAAACGUGUUCUUUGGUGUUUACACCAGGUGUCGCUUUGCCUUUAUACUUUUGAAAUUGCUGUGCGAUCGUGACAUUCCGUAUAUUUCAACUUGACGUACAAUAAGUGCAAAAAGUGAAAAAAACGUCGAUGCAAAAUCUGAAAUGUUAGACGAAAUGGUCGAAUUCAUUUCGGGAAUUGAUGGUUACUUAGGUUUGGUGGAGUUUCUACCUACAUUUUUAGAGUAUAGAGAACGAUUAAAAGUUCUCGAGCAAAGUGUGGAUGUGCCUACACAUCAAUGUUAACGAAAGUUGGAAUUUCAAAACAGUAUUUUUUGAUAUCAUAAUUGUACUGAAUUUAAGAAAUAGUUAUUUUGUGAUGGAGGCAAAAUUAAGUUUAAGUUCACACUAUUUGGGAGGUUACUUUGGAUAUAUGUACACAGCUUUUAUUUACGGCAUACGUAUAUACAUUCAAAUAUAUAAUUUGUAUAAGCGUUAAGGAAACCAUUUCACCUGGAAGGAGUUCCAAACUCUCAUAUUUGAGGAAGACGAUUAUUACUUUAUUGUACGUACACAAAAGUAUAACGCAAUCAGAGCUGGACUUUUACGAUUACAUUUUAAUAACUUGUAAUUGCGAAUACUCUAAUUGUAAUGAAAUUUACCAACCAGUCACGAAUUGCCUAUAUGUGAAUACUUUAAUUACAAUCUCGAAAACAAUACGGCUGCAGUAAACAUAAACCAUUAGUUGGAAUUUAUAAUUCUAGUACUUUACAAUAUAAUUAUAAGAGGAAUGGUAACCUCACUGAUUGCAAUUAAAGUCAUCGCGUUUAUAAUUGAAUUGUAAUUUUCCUAGCUCUGAUUAUAAUAUUAAUAUAACAAAAACAAAGUAAAACAAAAAUACUAAAUAAAAUAAAAUAGUCAACAACCGUUCAUAGUACAUAGGAAUAAGCAAAAUUAGAAAGGUUAAUGAAGACGACAGCAAAUAUGCAAUAAACUAAUAAAAAAGUAUAACGCUGAUAUGGCAAUUAAAAACAAUAACAUCUAUAUAUAUACUUUUUAUUAAAGGUAAAUUUUUU